AUGGUGCUGAGGCGGAAAGCUAGAACACCGACAACACCGAAGUCAGCUACUUCCCGUACUUCAUCAAGAGCAACAACACCGACACCAACACCGGCAUCGGCAACAACAACAACGCCGACACCAACCCUGAUAAGUUCAAAUCAACCGAAGUCAAAUUAUCCCAAUUUUAAACUUUUCAUAGAAUACUGUGUAGAAGUUGACUUGAAUCAACCGUUCACUACACAGCAUCUAGAUGCCCCUGCAUCAGCAAAGCAUGGAUUGGUUAAAUUUGUCAAUAUGGAUAGAAGUUUGUUGUUAAUGUUGACAGACAAAGAAAUGUUUUUGGAUAAACCCUUGUGGUGGCCUGGUACAACGGAUUUAUGCAUAACCUAUGGAUAUUUAAAUGACAUCACCAUAUCAAGAUCUGAUGAGAGGAAAUUAGCACUGGACAUUAAAUCCUUCAAUCCUGGUAAACGUCUAAUUCAUGUGUUUUCAUCUAUCAGUAAAGAAGAAAGAGAAAAGUUGGUUACAACGCUUACAAACAAUGCUAAACAAUACCAGCAGAUGAUAAAUCAGCAGAAGGCGAUGCAACAACAACAAGCCACUUUAUAUAUGAGUCAGGCUAACGCACAAAAAUCCUCUGUAUCUAGCAAAACUUCACCUGGAGUAUUUAAUUUCAACGAGGCUGACUGUGAAGCAUAUGGAUAUUCACCAACUAUAUAUCCAGUUACUCACUUAAAUGACACUCCAUAUACACAGUAUAGGAACAGAUCAUUAAGCCCUGGUCCACUACACAGCACAACACCAGAGGCUUAUCAGCAUAAACCAUCCAUGAUGUCUCGUUAUCCAAGACAUGAAGAGAAAGGAAAUCAAGUAGAAGAAUCCUUACUAUACACAAGAGGACUAUCUAAAUCACAACCACAACUAUCUUAUCCUCACGAAAACACCUAUCCUUACCAGGAUGGACAUUUUCAAAAAUCCGAAAGUCGUAACAAUUACAGAACACCUGGUUAUGAACCAUAUUCCUCAGUUGUACCAAAGUAUGGUGGUUCAUCUUCAACAGCAGCAGCAGGACCAGGACAUACACCUAGUCGAGUAGUUUGCUACAAUGAUGAUGACGUUUAUGACCAAGAUGUCAACAGACCUAGGAGUAUUAAAAUGAAUGGAGAUGAUUUAGUCUUGAAAAUCAAUUGCUAUAAUCCAGAGACUCGUGCAAGAUCUCCGGGAGCGACGCAUAUUGUUCGAAUUAGUCAUGGUGAUGAUGUGGAAAAUAAUAAUAGAAGAUACUAA